AUGAAUGGCACUGAAAAAGGUAUUAAAGAAGUUGCCGAAAUAAUUAAAAGUAAAAGUAGUGGAGAUUUGUUAAAAGCAAAUAAAAUUGUGAAGUCUUCAGAAGUGUUUCAAUUUCUGCGAAAGUUUUCUAAAUCGAAAAGCAUAAAACAUUUGUUAACUACGAAAAACAUAAAAAAUAGUGAUAAUAAAAAACAGAAUGAACAUGACAUGUUACAAGCAAAUCAAGCUAAUUUAAAGGGCUCCUCCAGUUAUGCGAACAAUAUUAAACAAGUGAUUAGUUUGAAUUCAACAAUUCACGAAAGAUAUCAAAAGUUGCAGAAAAUAUCGCUUCAUCAUAUUUUUAAUAAAGGAAUAGUAAAACUUUAG